CCCGACGUGCUGACUUUCAGUCCGUUUGUAAACAAGGUCAGACACUGCAGCACGCAGACCAGACACUUCGCUGCAAAGCUUCUGCUGUCUUUCAUUUCUCAAGUAAAGAAAACGUUCACAGUAAUCUGGGGUAAAGGAUUUGUCCAAGAAAGCCGACAAGAUGAUGCAGUGUUUUCAUUUCAUGGUGGAGCCAGCCAAGUACUUAAUUGCCAAGAAUAAGGAGUUGCACAAAAAAGCUAAAAGGUCUGAGAAGGAGCCUUUGGAAAAGGAUCAACUGUUUGUUGUGGAGCUGGCAGGAGAACUGAAAAGAGUGUGUCAGAGGUCAGAAGUUCUGGAGCACAUCUUUAACCAGGAUGACAUCUGGCCAACGUCCCUCUGCAGGAUCUUCAUCCUGCAGUGGGCAAACAUGCUGGAGAGCAAGAAGAGGCCCAUGCAGACUGAUGAUUGGACAGAGAAGACUGAGGAAAAGCAACUGGAUUUUAUCAAUGUAGAGGAAGUUCAGAUAGCUAAAACUGUGAUCUACAACUGGAUAAAGGAUCUGCGAGCUCAACCUGAGCAAAGUGUGUGGCCAGGAGAACCAGUAGCAAAGGUCCUGGAGGAUCUGGAGUCUUCCUGGCGGUGGGGCCGCUUCCCUAAUCUGUUAACAGCUAUGGAGCUGGUUAUGUGGACUCUGAUGUCACAGCAGCCGGAUAAGGACACCAUUCCUCAGCAGUGGCUUCUAUGGAAACAAAGGACUCAGAAGAUCGGAGGCAUUUCCUACAUUCCUCAGCCUGUGUGGGAUUGGAUUACAGAUGCAGCAGUGGAGGUGAACCUCGAUAUGGACACAGCCAAUCCAGAUCUGCUCAUCUCUGCCGAUGAGAAGCGGAUGCGUUGCGGCUUCGAGAGGAAGGAAGUUCCCAACUACCACCAGCGUUUCGACGGCUGGUGGUGUGCCGUUGGGAUGAAGGGUUUGGGCUCUGGUCGCCACUACUGGGAAGCAGAAGUGGGCGAACGUGACUGGCGACUGGGAGUGGCAAAAGAGUCAGCCCUGAGGAAAGGCUUCAAGUCUCUGAACACUGACACCGGGUAUCUGACCCUGCGGCUGGAGAGGGGCACUGAGCUAAAGGCACUCACCGUGCCCUUCACUGCUCUGCCGCAGGGUCUCAUCCCCAGCAAGGUUGGCGUCUACCUUGACUACAACAACGAGCAGUUAUCCUUUUAUGACGUGGAGAAACGGCUGCAUAUUUACACCUACAACGAGACCUUCACCGAAAAGCUGUACCCCUUGUUUGGGACAGUUGAGAUAGUUAAGGAUUUGGUAAUCAGGUCUCCAAGAGGGAAAAACCACUGUCUCUGCCCCACAUCGUGUAUGUGGGGUUAAGCUUCCUUCCAGCUCCUCCUUUUGAAAUCACUAACAUAUUAAAGUAUUAAAAACUAGAUUAAGAAAUCUAGAAUCUUGCUGUAUGAUACCAUCAAUGUUCUACCUAAGAGCUUUGCUAUGUGACCAAACUCUGCUGCUAUUGCUGUACUGUGAAGCUGCUUACCAGCCUUUCACAUGUGAUCCUUUGCACACAAGCAUUUUCCUGUAUUUGAGAGAAAUCUAGCACUUCUAUUAUAACAAACAUAUACCUGCAACAAAUGCACUGUAAUGAAUGAUUAUAUAGAAUCAUAUCAUUUUUUUGCAGCACUGUUGAAAAAACAUUAAAAAUAUUUAGUGAUACAUAUAUUACCUUAAAACUAAGUAUUGGCAAAUUGACAAAUAUUCUACAACAAUAUGUAAUCAAUUUACAUUUUUGUGAUAUAAACUUGCUUCAAUUUAUAUUCCUCAAUGUUUUUUUUUUUAGGCUGACUGACUUUUGAAGUUGUUUGCACAAUCUUGCAUAAAGUACCUGAUCUGUAUAUAUAUCUAUAUAUCUAUCUAUAUAUAGAUAUAUAGAUAGAUAUAUUCUGAAAUGCUAAUUAAAUCAUGUUAAAAUUGU